UUUUCGUUAUCCUCCAAAUUUUCAACUCCACGUUCCACGCGAUUUCGAAAUUCGAAUUUUUAAGUUAAUUUUCGACUUUUUAAAUUAAUAGAUUAACUCUUAAAUGUAGAAAAAAAUGUCUGGAGAAAACAAGGAAGCUUUUGUUGAGAAGGAGAAAGUAGACUCGAAGGUUGUGUCGAAUAAAGCAGACGGUAGUCAUAAACCCAGAAAGAAACCUGAGAAAAAAGUUACCUCCUCGCCAAAGAAUGAGGCUUCUUCGUCAACUCAUUUUUCAUCGCACAGAUCUCAUCGUAAUUUCCAAAACAAAAAUAUCGCUGAAAACAGAUUGAAAAAGCUUCGUGUCAAGUUGGAUGCUGAAAUAAAACUGAAAGAAAGGAUCGAUACCGUUGGAGUCUCACGAUUGUUGGACGAAUCGGUUGUUAAAAUCGAGAAGAGUAAAGUAAUACCGAGUAAACUAAAGUCACCCAGACCUGCAGCAACUGGUCAUCGCGUCUAUCCUAGUCCUCCCCUUCGUAGAAAUAUCGCAGCCGAAAGGCUUAAAAAAAUUAAAAAAGAAGUACAAGCCGUUAUCGAAAAUGCCCAAAAUUCGGCUCCGGAACCAGUGUUGGAUAAAUAUUCGCUCAUGGAGAUUGAUGAAUGUAUGAGUCAAGCUGAUGAGCCUAGUUCUGCUGUACUUCAUCAGAACUCAAAAAAAACUUCUCUCGGUCACAAUGUGGAAUCAGCAAAUCGCAAUGAUCCAAAUUUCGAUGCGGUUCCGUUUAAAAUUAAUGUACCUCGGAAUACCGAUGAUGAUUUUUUCAAGCAAAGUUCAAACACGCCCAACAAUAAUGAUUCGCAUCCCGAUGUCGUUCCUUUUGUCAACGAUGAGAUUUACAAAAUCAGACAAGAACCGUGUUAUAUGGCUUUGCACACAAAUUUCAUGUCAGAUUUUAAAAUGGAUUUAGACAUGCCAGACGGUGAUCUGUUGAUCGUUACCGAUACAAACGUUUUUCUCUCUCAUUUAAAAAUCGUCGAUUAUCUACUAAAAAAUUCGUCAUUUCCGUGUACGACACUGAAUUCAUGUGUAUUGGUUGCUCCUUGGCUAGUAAUUCAGGAAAUUGAUUACGCCAUGAAGAAAAAUAACGAAAGACUGAAUAAUCAAGCACGAUCGGCCAACAAUUUUAUAAACGAGUGUUUGAAGAAGAAACAUCCUCGUUUUUUUGGACAAUCUUUGAUCGAUUUUAAAGAAAACUUCAAGAACGCUGUGAGCAUUGAUGACUUCAUUUUGCAAUAUUGCAUGAAAUUCGUGUCAUGUGGUAAGAAAGUGAUCUUGUUGACAAACGAUAAGAAUUUGUGCACCAAAGGUAUAGUUAACAGCGUAUCGGUACUGAGCACCAAGGAGUUCGUGGAUACGUUCAAUUUAUCAGAACUUUUCUAGUUUAUGGUACUGAGCACCAAGGAGUUCGCGGAUACGUUCAAUUUAUCAGAACUUUUCUAGUUUAUAACUGUGUUUUUUCUCAUUAAGUUCGACCAUUUUUUUCUUUUGUUAAAUUACUUGUCAAUUACCUAUAUAAUUAUGAGCUUCGGCGUGUGAUAUUUUAGGUUAAUGAAGAAAUUUUUUUGUUUUCAUUUUUAAGUAUAAGUUGUGUUCUUAUUAUUCUUAUUCUCAUCCAAAAAUUUGUAACGUUACGCGUAACUAGUUUAGUUCUCGAAGAUACCUUAUUUUUACUUUUUAUAUUCUAUUCGUAAGGUACUCUAAUAAUUUCGUUGUUAUUAAGUUUGAAAACGGAAGUCUGAAGUUGUUACUUGUGAUAAUAAUUUUGCUCUUUUUGUUACCUUUUUUUCUAACAAAAGAAAACCACGAUUAAAAAAAUAUAUCGAUGCGUUUGA